AGACCAGAGCUCUUAGGGACCUGUGGGUCACUUUUAGGAAUCCUGUAGGGCCCAGACUGGAGAUGUUGCCCUUUCCCAGCUGCAGUGUCUUUAAAUUCCAAUAUUCAAGGGUGAUCCUACCCUGGGUAAAAUCAGGAAGCAAAAAAUCACCUUCGUGACGAGUGAGGCAGGAAUUCGGAGUCUUUCAAAGACUCGGGGCAGAGGAGCUCCCAGGAAUGACAGUACUGCCCAGACCCCACAACUGCCUGCCUGGGUACAAGCUAGGCCCCGCCCCGGAAGUGCUGAGAGGGACUUCCGCUCGCGGGGAGCUCUCGGACCAGGUUGCUGCUCGGGCUGUAGUAGUAGGGUUCUCUGCGUUUGGGCGGUGGCGUGGUGGGCGUUGCUCAGCUGCAACCCCUCGGAUUCCUUCUCCUUGGUUGGACCGGGUGGAGCGUUGGCAUGAGCCCCGAGAGGCAGUCCUGGGACGGUGGGCGCUAAGCCCAGAUGCAACCUCCCAGGGAAGGGUUUUUCUCGCGAUUUAGUGCUGCUGGAGUCCACAUUUGGACUACUUCUCUCGGGAUUAUAACCCCUAUCUUUCUGAGGUCUUCAGAGAUUUAUUGAGUCACAUUAACAACGUGUACCCCUGGUACAUUUGGAAUCAAUGCCCACCAGACCCCUCAGCUUGCCAUUCCAAACAAAAGGGAGAAACUGCAAAUGAGUGGAAGUAUUAGGAUCUCUAAAUUUAGGAGAGGUUUCCUCUUCCACAUCUGCGUUUCGUGCCCAUACUUCCUUUAGAAUGCAGAAUACACCUCUGUAUUUCAGCUUGGCAAUAAAUAAUCGCCCUUCCCCUUUAGCAGUAACUUUUCCGUCCACACGUGUGCAGACCCGCCUACCAGCAACGGCGGUGCUGUUCUCUCCCGACGCACGUCUCCAGGCCCUCUCCCAGUAGUGCUCCGAGGCAAUGGCAAGGAGAUUCCUGUGGCACAGGGCCACGCCUGCUAAGCCCAGUUUGUGAUCUGACAGACCUUCUUUGAAAGUUAGCCCCUUAUUUGACAUGGCUUUCUUUCUUUUUCUUUUUUUUUCUCCCAUUACCCUCAGUAAUUAGUGUAACAGCUGUGGCAAUCUGCUUUUUCUUUGAGUAAAUUAAUGUUUCUUUUACAGAAGUAUUCCGGAAAAGGGAGGCCCUCAAGAGGAAUCUUACUGAAUUGCAGACUCUCCAAUUAACAAGAAAGCUGCAUGUAUGCAUUUUUAGAAGAGCUGCUUUUGCUGGUUCCAAGGAUUCUGUUACUGGAAAACUGCUCCGAGCUGGCUCCAGCAGCUCGGUUGACAAUGGCUGAGUCCAGUUCCUGACUAUUCUGAUGAGGAAUGCCAGGUCCUCAGCUCAUGAACCACUGAGAGGGAAGCCUCCAGGAUCCCAGAGCGGACCACCAGGUGCCUGGGGCGGGGUUCCGCGGAAGUCGACCUCUCCGAGCCAGUGCGGGCGUCAGACGACCUGUCUAUUCAUCAAAUCACGGUUUUCCAGGAAUCAAGGCCAAAGGUAUGAACAAGGUGUCAAUUCUGAAGGGAAGAUUUUUGUAAGGAUGGACCCACACCCGAAGGUCCCCAGCAUAUAUGAUAGGGAUACUUUACAGAUUCCUGAGAAUGAAAAACCUUUUCAGUAUGAGGACCAGUUAGAAAGGCAUGUGGACAAGCCUGAAGAAGAAAGAUGGUAUAAAUGCAGUGAGUGUGGAAAGAAGUUUGCCCAGAGCUCAAGCCUUGUUCGACAUCGGAGAAUCCACACCGGAGAGAAACCCUAUGAGUGUGAUCACUGUGGAAAAGCCUUCAAUGCGCGCUCAACACUCACUGUGCAUGAAAGAAUCCACACUGGUGAGAAACCCUAUACUUGUAAUGAGUGUAGGAAAGCAUUCAGUGUGAGGGCGCACCUAAUUAUACAUCAGAGAAUCCACAAUGGAGAGAAACCCUAUGAAUGUAAUGAAUGUGGCAGAGCAUUUAGUGUGAGCUCAGACCUCAUCAAACAUCAGAGAAUCCACUCUGGUGAGAAACCUUAUGAGUGUGAUGAGUGUAGGAAAGCCUUCAGUGUGAGCUCAGACCUCAUCAAACAUCAGAGAAUCCACACAGGAGAGAAGCCAUAUGAGUGUAAGGAGUGUGGGAAGGCCUUCUAUGUGAACUCAGCCCUUAUUAAUCACCAGAGGAUUCAUUCUGGAGAAAAGCCCUAUAAGUGUGGAGAAUGCAGGAAAGCAUUCAGCCAGAUCUCAACUCUUAUUCUUCAUCAGAGAAUCCAUACUGGAGAGAAACCGUACGAGUGUGACGAAUGUGGGAAAGCAUUCCGUGGGAGCUCUAAUCUUACUAAACACCAGAAAAUACAUGCCAAAGGAAAGUGUCAUCAGUGACUUACAUGGUGAAGAUAUUACAAAGGCCUUUUUUUUUUAAUAUCAGAAGUUGUCACCAAAGGAAGGGUAUGGUAAAAGUUAAUGUUUUAAUUGACACUUCGUUUCUUGGAAUAUCAAAGAAGUGAGAAGUCAAUGAAAAAGGACUCCAUCAUUGUAAUGAUUGACUUAAGUCUCUAAGAUCACAUCUACUUCUGAGAAUGCAGUUUUACUACUCAUAAGGAUGGUGGUUUGCAGGCAGAGUCGUCUGGGUGGAGCACACCCUUCUGGGAUCAGCACUGAAGUGAUGCCAUAUCCCACCCAGACCAGCACAACUGUGAUUCCUAAGCAGUAAGUGGUCCAGAAAAUGACUGGAGCCUUUUGUUUGGUGCUGUGUUGGCAGUGACACAGUCCCCACACCUGUGCUGAUUCACCUGACCCCUGCCUGGCACUGUUGCAUGGAUAAGAAUAACACACUGCAGGAGCCAGCACUUUUUUGUUGUUGGGCCUCUCUUGCUAAUGCUAUUGCAAUGGUGACUCCUGGCCUUAAAUAAGGAGUCUGUUUCAAAGCAGAGUUUUCCAGAAGAAGUCUAACAAACAAGGCAGAUGUUCAGAAGACUAAGUGGGAACAUCAUCAGGGGCUCCACACUGGACAAGUUCAUGGACUUCUGAAUAAUUUACCCAAGUGAGAGAGGAGCUCCUUUGAGGACGCACAACUUACAUUGCCUCAAGCCAUGGAGAAUAUCACUCCGAUAAAGAGGCCUAAGAUACCUGGGAGAAUUCACCCUGAAGUUCAGUCCUGUCGAUGCUGUGGGCAUGGGAAAUUCUGCAUUCAGCUUGUGCACAAUUUCCAACUUCAACUGUAAUAAAAUAAAAGCCACUCGUAAAGCGAGUGGAAGUCACCAAACCAAAAAUAUGCCUCCCUCAUAAGACAAACCCUGGUACACCAGCAUCCCUGACCAAGCACCAGCACAUCCAAACUUAAAGAAAGCCCUAUAGAUCCUCAACCAGGAACGACCUUCAGUGUAAUCCCAAGUCUCAAUAAACAACAGAGAAGCCAUCCUGAAAAGAGUUUCAUGAGAAUAAAGAAUGUGGCAAAACCUUCAGACACUGGAGUGAUCUUAGACAUCAGAGAACCCUUGGGGAUAUCUUCAGUGUCAGAAGCCUUCUCUGUGAAGUCAAGUCUCAUUGAACAUAAGCAAAUUCAUUUUGGACAGGAACCUUAUCUAUGUCACGAAUGUGGCAAAGCCUUUAAGUUCUCUGAUAGCCUUGCUAAACAUCAGAGAAUCCAUACUGAAGAGAAAACUUAUUGGUGUAAAGAGUAUAAUACUGUAGGAUUCAUUGUGUUUCGAGUCUGGUCACCCGCCAAAGAACCCACAAUGGAAAGCACCAUUAUGAAUGUAGUGAGUGGGGGAAGGCCUUCGUUUGGAAGCCAGCACUUAAUUACCAGAAAACCCAUGCUAGAGAGAAAAUCCAUAAAUAUUAAAAUGUGGGAAGGCCUUCACUUAAAAGCUCAAUCUUAUACAUUGGAAAAUCCAUACUGGAACAAAACGCUAUGUAUGUAUGACCACUGUGGGGACGCUUUCAGCGUUAGGUCAACUCUUAAAGUGUAGCAAAGAUUCCUUGUGGGGGAAAGCUCUUUAAGGGUAAAUAAUGUAGGAAAGCCUUCAGUCAAAGUUCAUAUCUUAUCAGGAAUUCCCUGGCAGUCCAGUAGGACUCCACACUUUAACUGCCCCCCACCCCCAUCAAAAAGAAAGAAAGAAAAAAAAAGUUUAGAUCUUAUCAAACAUCAGGAUCCACACUGGAGAGAAGCCUUAUGACUGGGACAGAUGUGGGAAAAUCUCUUGAACUCAUCUCUUACUAAACAUCAGAGGAUACACAACAAAAAUGAACCUCAGUAGUCAAAUAUGUGGUAGAGGUAUAACAUAGAACUUUUCAACAUCAAAUGUCACCACUAAGAAAAAACCCAAUUGCAAAAAAUCACUUUAACUGGCAUCAUUUUAUGCAGUUAGACAAGUAUUACCAGAGAGACUUUGUCAGGUCACUUCGGGCAAAGCUGAAUUAAAACAGAUUCCUGUGACAGAUGUCAGCGGAUAUUUAACUGUCUUUGGCACAGUUAGCUUUUCAUUUUCUACAGUAAAUGUAGAGAGAGUAGGGGGAUGUCUUUAAAACUAACCACAACCUUGGAUAAUCCAAAUAUUAUUUAUUACAUUUAUUUUUUGUUUGGAAUUCAUGACGCUAAUUAAAUACUUUUUCUAAGAA